AUGAAACAGGCAACACCCGAGUCUUGCGUGAGUCGUAUGGAACACAUCGAAGCAGAAUAUAAGAGAUCGUAUAUUCGAAACGAAGUGAAAAAGGAUGGUUCAGGAGUUUCUACGCCGUCCUUAAUACCACCGCAACUGGCAAUUCACGACGACAAUACCAAAAUCAAUCCUCUGGCAUCACUUAUAUAA